CUGCUUACACCACAACUCUUGUCGGGUUGCACCAUGUUGUUCUGAUUUGCGGUGAUAGAAUCGGCUGCCUACGUAGUUUACGUGGGAACUUACAGUUCACCUUAAGAUGUCCUAUUUAAUAGAGGUUUAUCAACAACAAAAUCUCAAUUUGCAGCAAGUGAGUAAUUCAGGGUUUGCAUGGAAAAGAGGGCUAGAAAUCAUGCUCUGUAAGUAAAUAUGCAACAUAUGUGCAUUUUACAAUGAAAAUCAAGUGGAAUCUCACCCAAGCAAAGUUGUAAAAGUUGCGCUCUAGUGUUGCAGUGGUGUGUGUCAAAUGUGUGUGUGUCAAAUCUGUUAAAUGCUUUAUCUCAUGUACAUUUUCCCAAGUCCAGUCCAAAUAAAAAGCUAGUUAUUCCAUCUCCUAGCAGUUUCCUGGCAAAUUUUCCCCCUUAAACGAUAUGUUUUGCAUGCCAUUUGAACUUGAAGACAUUGACAUAAUAUUUGUGUUGGUUUGUUUUUCAUGUAGUUCUUCCAAAGCAUUUAACCACUCAUGGUUAAAUCCAUGACUUGCUAUUCACAGUGCCCUGGGAGUGUUUCAGUUCCAGCAGUCCUAACCAUGCUGCCUGGAACAUGACUGGCUGGAUGUUCUGCCAUGUCCGCACCAAUGUUUGGCACGCAGGGCAGGAGGUGCUGCCAUGGUGCCACAAGUCUGGCUUGUCUGCUGCUCUCAGGUGCUGUGGAGAGGCGGCCGGCCGCCCGUCACCUCCGCCCGGCAUGGCCGGCCGCGAGCAGCGCGGCGGCCCGCCGCAGUCGCCGCGGCUCACGCAGGAGGAGGCGCGCGUGCUGCGCGAGUGCAACCAGGAGAGCUUCUACCGGCGCAGCGUGCCGGUCUCGUGCCUCAUGAUGGCCGGCACGCUGUACAUGAUCCGCUCUGGCCGCUGGCGACCGUCGAAGACGCUCGGCCCGGCCCCCAAAGUGGCCGCCGCCGGCGUGGUCGGCUAUUUCAUCGGCAAGAUCUCCUACCUGGAGGUGUGCAAGGAGAAGCUGAUGGCGCUGCCCAACAGCCCGGUGGGGCGGAUGCUGCGCCAGCAGCGCGCCGGCGGCCUCCCUGAGCCGGGCUUCGCCGAGCUGUCGGCCGACGCGCCGACGCCGGACACCGGCGCCGAGGCGCGCGCUGACUGGGCGCUGCCGCCGCGCGCUGACGGGCUCGACGACUACUACCGGCCGACGGUGGACACGCCGGGCGCCGGUGCGCCGCUCUCCACGGACGACCUGCAGCCGGCGCAGACCCAGACCACGUACGAGGAGCUGCGCCGGGCCAACCGGGCCAGCGUGGAGAGCCGGCUGCGCCGCGGCUCGGGGCCGCCGGAGCCGCCGCCGCCGCUCGAGCGGGAGCGGCCGCCGCCGCCGAUGGGCGGCCCGCCCACUAACAAGUACGGUGAUGUGUGGGACAAGUGAGCCGGCGCGCACGUCAGUCGCGUUAGAUGUGUGACUGGAGAGGGGUGGCUGCUUUGGGCAGCUGUUACCCAUGGGCCUGGGGUGUUUGGUACGUCCGAGGGCGGUUAUGCGUUACCGUUGUUUGCUAUGUGCUGAAUUGGGAUUGGAACAGUGCUAAUAAACGGGGUUGAUGAAC